AUGGAUGCUGAUUGUAGUCCUGUUGGCCUUUACUUUUGGCCUGUCGUGGCAGUUGUGACUUGCAUUAAACUUUUGCUGAUGCCUACAUAUCGUUCUACAGAUUUUGAAGUUCACAGAAAUUGGUUAGCAAUUACUCAUAGCUUACCUGAGUCAAAGUGGUAUUAUGACGAAACAUCUGAGUGGACGCUAGAUUACCCACCAUUUUUUGCAUGGUUUGAAUGUGCUCUGUCAUAUGGAGCCGAGUUAUUUGACCCUGCCAUGCUUAUUGUAGAUAAUCUAAAUUAUGCAAGUAAAGGAACUAUACUAUUCCAAAGACUAUCAGUUAUUGGUGCAGAUCUUGUCUUCAUAUGUGCGGUCAAAGAAUUUUGCAGUACACUGCCAGGCAAGAAGAACAAAAAUGAAGAUCUCUUAUCCCAACCUGCAUUCACUUUGACACUUUUAUUGAUUGGAAACUUUGGAUUACUCAUAGUGGAUCACAUUCAUUUUCAAUAUAAUGGUUUUCUAUUUGGUAUUAUGAUACUUUCCAUUACAAGAAUUACACAGGGUAGAAAUUUGGAUGGUGCUUUAUGGUUUGCUAUUUUACUGAAUUUUAAACAUAUUUAUCUAUACAUUGCACCAGCUUAUUUUAUAUAUCUGCUACGAUGUUAUUGUUUUACACAGGCUAAUAGAGAUGGCAGUGUUAGGUGGAGUAGCCUUAGUCUAGGAAGACUUGUGAUGUUAGGUUCUAUUGUAAUCGCAGUCUUUGCUGUGUCCUUUGGACCAUUCAUAUACAUGGGACAACUAGAACAGAUUUUAUCAAGGUUAUUUCCAUUCAAACGAGGUCUGUGCCAUGCUUACUGGGCUCCUAAUUUCUGGGCUCUGUACAAUGUAGUUGACAAGGCUCUCUCCACAGCUGGGUCUCGGUUUGGUGUAAUCUCUGUUAACGCUAGCACAGCGUCAAUGACUGGUGGUUUAGUUCAGGAAUUUGACCACACUGUAUUACCAUCUAUACCUCCUGUUAUUACAUUGAUAUGUACAGUACUCUCAAUCAUGCCUGCUGUUUACAAUAUAUGGAGAUAUCCAAGAGGCCCUAAAAGUUUUCUUCGUUGUUUAACACUUUGUGCAUAUGGUUCAUUUAUAUUUGGCUGGCAUGUACAUGAGAAGGCUGUCUUACUUGUUAUAAUACCUCUAUGGUGA